AUGCCUGACAGAAGGAUGCUGCAGCAACGUCAAUCUCACACUGCAUCCGCUGCUGCCACGGCGGCAUGGCGGCCGGCGUCAUUCACGCAGGUGAUGCGGUCCGUCUCUCCUGCAUAUCAGCUCAGGCGAAUUCCGGCCAGCAGGACGACGAUUCAUGCCCAUCAUCAAGAGCAAGUUAUGACUAAUGAUGAUCCGGAGGCGGGAAGCGCUAGCGGCACCACCAGUCAUGUAAACCAUGUGCAUGACAGCAAUCACGAUGAAAGUCAAGGUGAUGGUAAUCGUGAGGAUGUUUAUGAUGGUAAUCAUGACGAGGCUUUGACGCCAGGAAUGGAAUUGGAUGGUGAUGAGCAGCAGCAGCAGCAGCCGCCGCAGCAGCCAAUCAGUGCUUCAAUGCUGAUGCUGCAGCACUACCGGAAUCUUGGAGGCGGCGUACCCACUGACCAUUUCCCCUCAACCAUCUCCCCAAGACAGCAUCUCUUCCCCAGCUUCUCCCAACCCCAGCAACACCCGAUGUCCCUGCCCGAUCCACGCGCCUCAUCUUAUCAUCCCGGUCAUCUCAUUCCUCGCCCACCAGGCCAGCUCUUUGGCCCAGCUGUCUACCUGGCUGCUGCAGCACCUCACGCGGCCCCAGGAGCAGCAUCUAUGGGAGCAGCAUAUGCGGGAGCAGCGUCUAUGGGAGCAGCAUCUGUGGGAGCAGCAAAUGUUCCUGUCGAGCCAACCCAAGAUGUUUUCUCGAGCGCAGUCGCGGCAGCACACGCAGUCCAGGGAGCAGCAAUUGUUCCUGUCCAGGAUGUCUCCGCACGCGCAGUUGCUGCGCGCGGCGAGGUUUUAGAAGCACCAUUCCCCGCAUCAGAACGCCUUCAACAGCAGCCAGAAGCCUGUUACCUUGCUUCUGCUUCGCCUGAGAUUGCGCUUUCUGCAAUGUUUCAGCCUGGGGGUCUAACCACUUCAUCUGCAGCAGCAGCUGCUGCUCACAUGCGGCCCAUUGGGGGAAUGGGAUCAGCCGCUGGUGGGGAUGGUGGUGUUGUCUCUGUUAAAGCCACAGCUGUUUUUCAACUGCCCAAUUUUCUGCUGCCCGGUUUUCAGCUGCCCGGUUUCCAGGUGCCCGGGAGGCCUCUCCCUCCGCCACCUGUCAUCACGCACACGUGGGCGGGGCGAACAUUGCCACAGCCUGCUGCCUCCGCCUGCUCCCCUGCUGCCACAGCUCGUGUUCCCACAGUCUUUGUUCAGGCUGCUGCAUCUGCCAAUGGUUCGUUUGAGGAUGACUCAAUAUCUGCAUCUUCAUCAUUUCCGUACCCUGGGGAUGUAGAGUUGGGCGGAAACAUUAUUGUAGCUGGUGCUGCUGCUGCUGCUGGUGGUGGUGGUGCUGCUGCUGCUGGUGGUGUGGCUUCAGGGCGUGGCGGCAGUGUGGGAGCAGCAGCAGCAGCAGCAGCAGCAGCAGCAGCAGCUGAUGUUAGUGCUGCUGGUACAGCAGCAGGUGCCAACAUUGCUUCAUGCUUGCAUGCCACCUCGAAGCCGCCUUUAAAAUGGUGA